CAGAUCUGGAUCAGAUGGAGAGUGUCUGGAGCUCGUUUCAGAUCCCAGCUGUGGACUGAACCAGGAUCUGCUCUGAUCUGAUCUAUGUCCCUGAUGAUGCUGGGAGUUUUCCUCCUGAUCUUCUGUCCUUUAUCUCAGAUCAUCUGGGGGGCGUGUCCACAUGUUGUCAUGGAGACAACCUACAGGUGUGGUCCUUUCUUCUUGUUACCUCCUCCUCCUCUUCCUCCUCCCCCGCCUCCUCCUCGCCCACCCAGAGAGCUGACAGUUCGGCCUUUAGAUGCUCCAGAUGUGAGCCUUCAGUUCCCGGGGCUCCGGAACAUCUUCCUUACGAUUUCCACAUCCGCUGUGAUCCUCUUAAUGGCCUUCAACGUCUGCUAUAAAGUGCUGAGAAGAGAACGUGACCGAACCAGAGAGAAUGCACCAAACAAUGGAGGGAACCACAACAACAACAACAACAAUGCUGGGUCCUGCAGAACUAAGGAAUCAGCAUCAUCUCCUGGUUUCCUGUUUUAACAAACCUGGACCAUCAGCUCACUGUGUCUCAGCCAAGUUUACCGACAUCUGAACAUCUUCACGCCAAUCAGAGGACCCCCAUCAUGCAUCAGGAGCCGCACAUUUUUACCAACCUGAACAAAUAUUAUUGAUGUUCUUUAGAAGUUUGAGAAACAUUAUGUCUAAAAAAAAGUCCCAGAUCUGUUACCAUGGUAACAGAACCAGAUAGCAUGUGAUGCGGAGGUUACCAUGGUGACAGAAACAUAAACUUUGGUUUACUUCCUGUUUUGCCCAGUUGAUCUCACCUGACUCUCUGUGGAGAGCAUGUUCCAGCUGGGAUGUUGGAGAGUUUCCAUUCCUAUGGAUUUCUUUGCCACAUGCUUUCUCUGGUUGUCCAAAUUCAGAUUCUCCUGGUUCUGACCCAUUCCCAACAGAACAAAUGACUCUUGCUGCAGGAAGUUUUUCUAUGCAGAGAGAUGAGUUUAGGAGAUUCAGGAGAGCCUUUCCUCUGUAGCUGCAUGUUUGUGGACAGUGCUCUGCUGUUCCAUACAUUCACCUCACUUCUUCGUGUUUGGUUCUGAAGGGUCCAUUUAAUUAAAGCCUCUUGUGGUCAGAAAAAUGUUGUUUAAAAUGACUCUUCUGCUCUGACAGAAGAGGAACAUUACAUUGAGAUUUAUUUUUUAGUCCUGUGAAGCUUUGAAGGUUUUGUUGAUGAAACAGAUGCUGCUCCAGAGAUGAUGCAAAAUCUCAUGGAUUAAAGUUAGCAGUUUAUCUCACUUCCUCCUAAACUUCUUUCACAGUUGGAGCUACAUAAAAUGAUGUGUUCAAGUCUCUGAUUUCUUUCUGUUUGUCUAGAACAGGAAACAAAACCUCCAGAUUGUUUAAACUAAUGUUGUUUUUUUCUGAAAUCACCUUUAGGUCCUUCACUCUAAACCACA